AAACAGUUUAGAGAUACGAGACGUUUCCUCUCGCGGUCACGUGCUGUCUGGACUGACUGACAGAUUGUGCAUUUGUUAAAGGAACCUCCACCUCAGGACCCAGCUACCUACAACUCCACCCUGCCCAAGUCUUUCCUCAACAAUGACGUCAAUGCCACACAGCUCCCGGGCCUCCAUGGACAUCCUGGAGGAGCUGCAGCUCAUCGCUGCUCAGAACCUGGAGAAACUGGACAUCAACAAAUACUACGAGGUGGUGUGUGAGCUGGGAAAAGGCACCUACGGGAAGGUGGACCUGGUUAUACACAAGAUUAGAGGGACUAAAAUGGCGCUGAAGUUUUUGAGGAAGAAGACGACGAAGCUGAAGAGUUUCCUGAGGGAGUACAGCGUGUCGCUCUACCUGUCACCCUGCCCCUUCAUCAUCAACAUGUUCGGCAUCGCCUUUGAAACUGAUGAAUACUACAUCUUCGCUCAGGAGUAUGCCCUCGCCGGGGAUCUCUUUGACAUCAUACCGCCUCAGGUUGGACUUCCUGAGACGGUGGCGAAGCGUUGUGUCCACCAGGUGGCGAUCGCCCUCGACUACCUACACUCUAAGAAGCUCGUCCACAGAGACAUCAAACCUGAGAACGUCCUCAUUUUCGAUAAAGAGUGCAGAAAAGUCAAGCUGUCAGACUUUGGUAUGACACGUCGUGCCGGCUCUCCUGUAAAACGUGUCAGCGGUACGAUCCCUUACACGGCGCCUGAGCUGUGCGAUACAUCACAGCAGGAGGGAUUCUGCGUGGACUUCAGCACAGACGUGUGGGCGUUUGGUGUGCUUUUGUUCUGCAUGCUGACAGGAAACUUCCCCUGGGAGAAGGCCAUGCCUGGUGACGCUUUCUACGAGGAGUUUGUGCGCUGGCAGCGCCGCCGGACCGCCACAGUGCCCUCACAGUGGCGACGCUUCACUGAUGAAGCCCUCCGAAUGUUUCGCCGGCUCCUCUCCGUCGAGCAGGAGCGCCGCUGCUCCGUCAAAGACGUCUUCAGUUUCCUGAGCCACAGUUGGAUGCUGGACUCGGAGAACAGGACCAGCGGAGGCGGCAGCGGUUUAGCGAACAGCGCUCUUCCUCUGGACAUCAGCUCGUCUUCUUCUGAAGAGGAGGUGUUAGUGGACAGGCUCAUGCAGCAGAGUCUCUCUCCUCCAUGUAUGGCUUCAAAGACGAGCAUCAUGAUGGACACUCACUAUUCCACCAUGUCCACCAACACUUUGCAGUCCUCCCCCGGCAGCUACGAGCGCGUCAACCGUGAAAACAACGAACGAGGACGCAUCCUGGUGACAACACCCAUCGAGAUCUGUGUGUAGAUGUGCUGAUUGAACCUUAGACACAUCAGCAUGAAGGCAAUCCUUGGUGGUGUUACAGGAAGUCUGUUCAACACUGGAGGCUAAGAGGAGGGUGUCUCCGAAACAAGAGGAAGCAAAGUGUGGCGUCUGGUGCUCAGCGUUCGCUGUCUGAAGUUGUAGCUUCACUUUGGAUCGACUCAUCUCUGAUGAAGAUGAGAUCUGAGGAGAUGAGCAGAGAGACGAACCAUAGAGUCCCUUCUGUGGUUUAUACUGCUGUACUUAAAAUACUGCGGCACUACUUCAGUCGUACUUAGGUACUUCAGUCGCUGAACUCUGUGGACAAACCUGAAAACACAAAAAAGCAAAAAUUUUCAUUAUCAGAAGCAAUAUGUUGAAAUGAUUAGAAUAUCUAAAGACGAAGAAGAACUUGCAGUAAAGUUGAUUUAUGUGACUGGUGGUUCUGUUAUGUGUUAAAUAUCAUGAAAUGUUUGUAGAUUUCUGUCUUUAAAAUGUAUUUUUUCCUUUAUAUGGGCUUAAAUUAUUUAUUUAUUUAUGUCAGAUGCAUAUAUUUGUGAUUUUUUUUUAAUAUCACCUUGGGUCAGAAGCCUGUUUUUCUAUUGUGAUUUCAUCCAUGUAUAGUACAGGUGAUUUUUGGCUUUCUUGACCUACGCUUUUAUUUAAAUAUUCUUUUUUUCUUUUUGUAAAUCUGCUCUAAAAGCAGACGUGAAAUGUAGCCUCCCUUUUCUCUCCUAAAUGUCCUUUUUUCAUAUUCGCCUGUGAUGCCUGAAGCCGCUGUGCAGUAGCAUAAAAACAUCCAGAGCUGCUGAAUGCACCACAUGGUAAGUACUGAGGGUUAAAAUAAAAUCUUUUCACAAUCCUCAUUAAACUGCAGAAAAAUGGGACCAAAACUGAGAACAGCUGCAGCACAUUUACUUGAAGGCUUCGUGAUGUGACAAAUUGGAGGGAAACGUAUAACAGUAUUAUGAAUUUUUUUUUUUUUUACUUGCAUGGUUUGUUUAAAAAAACAGCUGCAUCUUUUAUUAAGCAGAAUUGACUAAAUUAUUUGAUCUUUUUUAUCUGAAAAAGGGCAAGAGUCAAAAAAUACAGUAUAUUAAACAACAAAUAUGCUGAGUUAACAGUAAAAUAUUCCGUUUUGGGGCUGAAAUUCCUCC